AUGAAGUUCGGAGAAUCCUUGAACCAAGGGGUUGUUCCUGAAUGGCAGCAUCAAUAUUUAGAUUAUAAACGAGGGAAAAAAUUGAUCAAAAAGGUUUUAGCUGCUAAAGAAUCUCCUGGUAGCAAUGAUCGGACUCCAUUAUUGCAACCUCAAGAUAGACUGAAAAAACCUGGAGAUGAUGGUUCAAGACAUGGAGCUAUAAAUUUGAAUCCUUCCAUAUUCAACCCUUCAUUGAAAGGAUCUAAACAUAAAAGUUAUGAAGAAGAAAAGAUCGAAUUCAACAAUUGGGUCGAACAAGAAUUAGUUAAGGUUGAAAUGUUCUACAAAGAACGUGAACAAGAUGUUUAUGAGAGAUUUCUUAUCUUAGAAGACCAACUAUAUCAAUUGAAAGAUCACAAACAAAUAUCGUUAAGAAAACAUAACCUUACAUCGAGACAUUCUCAUCCUCAAGGUGAAUCAACAAUAGAAGUAUAUAAAAGAGUUGGGGAGUUGGCUUAUCAUACAAGACUGGCGUUGUUCACUUUGAAAGGUUAUGAUCUUCCUUCAUUACCUUCAACGAAAUUCUUGAGUAAAUGGAGAAGGAAGAAAGUUGAUGAUGAUAUUGCAAUGAAAAAUACUGAUAUGGGAGAAUUCGAUGUGAAUUAUUUUGAGAAUAGAAUAAGAAACGGUGAAUCCUUGGAUUUAUCUUCAAUAGACAGUGAAUCUAUUCAUAGUUCUCAUUCUGUUGGUGAUCAAAUGCAAAUAUCCACAUCGAGAAAUUCCCUUAAUGACGAACAAAUCAGGAAAAAAAAGAGAAGAGAUUAUGAAACAAAAAAACAUUUUGGUGUACCGUAUCUCUUAGCUAGGAAACAGUUAAAAGAUGCAUGUUUGGAAUUUUAUCGUAGUUUGAUGAUUUUAAGAUCGUACAAAGAAUUAAAUCGUACAGCUUUUAGGAAGAUCACCAAAAAAUUUGAUAAGGCUAAUAAUCUUUCCAUUUCAAAGGCUUUCAUGGAGAAAAUCGAUAAAUCAUCUUAUUUCCUUACCAGUGACAUUAUAGAUAAGUUAGUAUUCCAAAUCGAAGAACUUUAUAUAUCGUUUUUCGAUCCCGAAUCAAUGGAUAGAAAAAGAAGUCUCGAAAAAUUUAAAAGUAUUGCUUAUGCCUUGAAUCAUAAUGAGAUCAGAUUAACUUCAUAUUAUACUGAAUUUUUCACUUCAGGGUUGUUUCUAGGAUUGGCAGUACCUUUGUUGGCCAUGAGUCUUUACCUUGCAUUACAUCAACUUUAUUCUCAUACCUUCCCUGAAGCAUUGUACAUUCUACAGAUUUAUGGAGGGUUUUUUCUCGUUAACUUACUUUUUGUAUUAUUUGGAUUCAACAUGGCGAUAUUUGAACAUUUCAAGAUCAAUUAUAAGUUCAUUUUUGAGUUUGAUAUUGGGACAGCUUUAGAUUAUAAACAAUUUUGGUUAUUACCCAGUGUAUCGUUGUUUUUAUUAUCGAUACUUAUGUGGUUCAGUUUCAAUAAUUUCUUCCCUGAAAAUUUCCCAGGGAGAGAUUGGCCAUGGAUAUUUUUAGGUAUUUGUCUAAUUAUCAUGUUCUGGCCCUUCAACUAUUUCUAUAGAUCAAGUAGGAGGUGGCUACUUUUCGCUUUAUGGAGAAUUUUAUGGAGUGGAUUUUAUCCUGUUGAAUUUAGAGAUUUCUUCAUUGGUGAUUUGUUAUGUUCAUUAACCUAUACUUUAGGAAAUAUUUCGUUCUUCUUUUGUUUAUAUGCCACUCAUUGGUCGGGAACUAACGUUGGUGGAAACAUACAAUGUGGAUCUUCAAAAUCUCGUUCAAUGGGAUUUUUCGCAGCCUUACCAAGUAUAUGGAGAUUUUUACAAUGUGUAAGACGUUAUGCUGAUACUGGUGAUUGGUUUCCUCAUUUGGCUAAUAUGUUAAAGUAUGGAAUUGGAGCCAUUUAUUAUUGUCUUUUAAGUGUUUAUAGAAUUGACAAAUCCAAUUCUCAUAGGAUUGCCUUCAUUGUAAUGGCAUCAAUCAAUUCCAUUUAUUGUUCUUUGUGGGACAUUAUCAUGGAUUGGUCACUAUUACAAUCCAAUUCCAAAUACCCUUUAUUAAGAGACAACUUAUUUUACAAGAAUCCUAUUUAUUAUUAUGUAGCAAUGGUUGUUGAUGUGAUUCUAAGAUUCCAAUGGAUCUUUUAUGCUUUCUUCACUAACCAAAUUCAACAACUGGCAGCUACCAGUUUCUUAAUAGCAUUAGCUGAAUUGAUCAGAAGAAUUAUUUGGGUAUUAUUCAGGAUGGAGAAUGAACAUUGCACUAAUGUCAUUUUAUUUAGAGCUUCAAGAGAUAGUCCUUUACCUUAUGCUGUUUCGUCCAAAGUUGAAAGAGCCAUUAAGAAAUUAGUACUUUUGAAAUACCAAAACAUUGAUUCUAUCAACGAUUUAGAAAGUGUUGAAGUUGUCACAACAUCUUUGAGAAGACCCGCAACUGAAUCGAUUGAUUCUGAAUCUCAAAUUGGUACACCAAGUAUUAAGAGUCAAUUAACCAGAAGGAAAAGCACAUUGGCAUAUAUUUCUGAUGCUUUGAAUAAAGCUCAUAUUAAGGAUUUCCAAAGAAAGAAGAAUGUUGAUAUUGAAGAAGAUUCCGAUGAUGAAGAUAAGGAUAAUGACGAAGAGUAUUAA